AUGUCUAACUACCAGGUUAUUCGUGUGUUACCCAUUUUGGACUCAUCUACACCGCACACCUUUAUCGAACCGAGCAAGAAGAUCUACGAGUCGCAAGAUGUAUCGACUUUCCUAACCUCAAAAGCUUAUACUGAUAUCAUGACGUGGAUACUACAACUUAACCGAUCUAUGUUUCCGCUAAAGAUGGCCGAUGAAACUAUACAAACAUGGCCUCUCAACAGCGAUGCGAUACAAUAUUCUGCUCCGGUCCGACAAUUGCAGCGACUUCUCUCGAAACUCGAAGAUAUCAUACAGGAGGUUCCACCAGAUACCGGUCCGCGGAGGUUUGGAAAUAUAAGCUUUCGGAGAUGGUGUGAGGUGGUCGAAAGUCGGGCAUCUGACCUGUUGAGUCAAUGUCUACCGGCCGAUCUCUUGCAUAGAGGAUCAUCGGAUGACGGCGCAACGGCGGAGACAGAGUUGAAAUCAUAUUUCUUAGGUAGCUGGGGAAGUGGCCAGCGAUUGGACUAUGGUACUGGUCAUGAACUGAGCUUCCUCGCUUUCUUGGGUGGAAUAUGGAAGCUGAAUGGGUUUCCCAAAGCCGACCCAGGCGUGGAGGAACGAGCUAUCGUGGUCGGGGUGAUCCAUCCAUAUCUGGAGCUUAUCAGAUUACUCAUUAAGACGUACAACCUUGAACCCGCUGGCUCUCACGGCGUCUGGGGUCUUGAUGAUCAUUCCUUCGCACCUUACAUCUUUGGAUCUGCGCAAUUCUCACCUGCAGUCAAAGAUACUGACCUAACUCCCGAAGAAGGCUCACUGCCCGAUGCACCUGACCCGGGUGGGGUUGCUAAGGCAAAUAUCGUUGAAAGGGAACGCCAAACUAAUUUAUAUUUCUCCGCUAUCGGGUUCAUUUAUGAUGUGAAGAGAGGCCCAUUCUGGGAGCACAGCCGCAUCUUGUUCGAUAUUUCUGGCAUUCCAGCUGGCUGGGGCAAGAUUAAUAAGGGAAUGAUCAAAAUGUACAACGCCGAAGUUCUUUCAAAAUUCCCCGUGGUACAGCACUUCCCUUUCGGUUCUCUGUUCAGUUGGGACCGCGAUCCAAAUGCGCCUCUGCCAUCUUCCACAGUUCAUGCCACAUCUGGUCCUCAGGCACGCCCCGUUGCGCCGGAUUCUGGUCUCCCUUCUGUUGCCGCUACUCGUCCUAUGCCUGGAGCUGGCACCCAGGCUCCGUGGGCUAAUCCCGGGGCAGGAACGCAGGCUAUUCCUCCUGUGGGGUCGACAACAGCCCCGUGGGCUGGGGUGAGAAGAGAGGGGCUCCCAGUCUCUAUGCCCAGGGGUGCGGCCAGAGUUUCCUCUGCUCUCCCAGAUACUUCAAGAAUGCCUCCAGGCCCGAUGGCACCUACUAGAGCACCCACUCAGGCUCGGCCUUCGCCUUCACAAGAUGGAGACGCCGAUGUGCGUACCAAGGCUCCUUGGGCGAAAUGA